UAGGGGAGCAUUAGAAGAAAGGGGGGGUUCAGGACGAGGCGUGGUUUGCGCUAUGUAACUCUGUUCUUUUUCUGGAGACAAAAACAAGGGAAAGGAAAAAAAAAAAAAAAAAGAGAGAAAUAAGAGUUUGGUGAGGGGGUUGUUAUUAGGGAUUUCGUCGAAGGUAUUACAAAGUGGAAGAGUUUUAAGAGUAUCUGGCAUUUGGCCUCGUUUGAUUCAGCCAAGACCGUUUUUGGUUUCCAAGGUCUUUCCAGAAAUACAAGGUUUGUUUCUUGAAGUUGUUUCUUUAGUGAAGUUUUCAAUCUUUUUUGGAUUCUUCAAGAUACAGCAAACCAAGAAGAAAGAGAAGAGAAAAAAUGGAGUGGCAUGCUUGUCUUGAUGAAUAUGAGAAGCUUGUUAUAAGGAUGAGCACUCCCAGGUUUGUAAUCUUAGUUUCUUUUCUUCAAAUCAAACAAAAAUUCACAAAACUUUUUGUUGUGAGUCAGUGGUUUUGCAACAAAAACUAGUUGUGGGUUUUCCUGUUGAUUUUGCCUUAUAAUUCGAGCUCCCUGGGAUUUUGGGUUUGAACUCUGUUAUGGGCUUUUGAUUUUCACCUUAUUUUUUGAUCAUCUGUUCUAAACCCUCCAAUUUCUUUAUCACAUGUUUCCUUUUGCUUUCACUGUUCUUCUCUGUUCUGGCUUCAAGCAAGGUCUCUGCUUUUAAUUUGGAACAGUAUCUCUUCAUACUUAUGGAAACUAGUUAACAGAAUCAAUUCCAAACUUUAACCAAUUGUCACAAUUUUUUAAUUAAAAUUAUUAACAUUUAUACAAUUUUCAUUUUUGUAAUAAUUCCUUGACAUUUUCUUUUUCUUUUCCUUCGUAUUUUCCAAAAGGUCAUCAAAUCUUCCUUAGACCUUUCAAAGAUCACAUUCAUAAAAAUUUUCUUCCUUCUGAAGUGUGAAUAAUUUGAAAAAGAAAAAAACUUAAUAGAAAGUACAUUUCCAGACUUGACCUUUUCUUUUUACUGUUGUUACAGGGUCUUGAUCGACAAUGACGUUUGCGCCACCGCAACUGUGGUCAAGGUGGGCUUCCACUAAACAUCUCAGAUAUAAACGCACCGCACAAAUUGCUGUCUUUUCUUUAUUAUUUCCCAAAAUUUUGACUUGUGGUCCUCUUUUGUGCUUUGAGUUUUCAGAACCUUUGACUCAUUCCUUCCUCGUACUUCGAUUCCUCAGGUUGUUAGUGCUAGAAGACACGGAAUUUUGUUAGACGCUGUUCAGGUUUUAACGGAUCUGAAUCUUUCAAUUGAGAAGGCUAACAUUUCAUCUGAUGGCCAAUGGUUCAUGUUUUCCACGUUACUGAUUUAAACGGAAAGAAAUUGACUGAUGAGAGCGUUAUUAGCUACAUUGAACAGUCCCUUGAGACCACUUACCCCGAUAGAAGCCAUGGAUUUAAUGGCUUAACAGCUUUGGAAUUGACGGGAACAGAUAGAGUUGGUCUUUUAUCAGAAGUAUUUGCAGUUUUAGCUGAUCUGCAAUGCAGUGUGGUAGAUGCUAAAAUAUGGACUCAUAAUGGUCGAAUCGCAUCUUUAAUUUAUGUAAAAGACUGCAAUUCAGGGUCCCCAAUUGAGGACUCACAGCACAUUGACAGAAUCAUAGCACGUUUAAGGAAUGUUUUGAAAGGAGACAAUGAUACUCCUAGUGCGAAAACUUCAGUUUCUUUGGCUGUAACCCACACUGAGAGAAGGUUACAUCAAAUGAUGUUUGCAGAUCGUGACUAUGAAAGAAAGCCUACUUUGCAACAUAGGGCGGAAUCAGCUGCGGUCACCGUGCAAAAUUGGGUGAAAAGGAGUUAUUCAGUUGUGAAUGUUCAGUGCAAGGAUCGAAACAAGCUUUUGUUUGAUAUUGUUUGCACAUUGACAGAUAUGCAAUAUGUUGUGUUUCAUGCCACCAUCAACACAGCUGGGGAUAAAGCAUAUCUGGAAUUCUGUAUUAAGCACAUAGAUGGAACCCCAAUUAGUUCAGAAGCUGAGAAACAACGUGUAAUCCUUUGCUUACAAGCUGCAAUUGAAAGGAGAGCAUCUAAGGGUGUAAGGCUGGAGUUAUGCAUAUCAGAUAGGCAGGGUCUAUUAGCAGAAGUGACCCGAACGUUUAGAGAAAACAGUCUUAACGUGACAAGAGCCGAAAUAUCAACCAGGAGGGACAUGGCUCUAAACGUUUUUUAUGUAACAGAUGCAAUCGGGAACCAAGCAGAUCCCAAAAUCAUUGAAUCAAUAAGACAAAAGAUUGGUUUAGGGAACUUAAAGGUGCAGGAACUACCAUUGAUUUAUCAUCAAAAUGCAGAAAGCGAAGAGCAAGCAGUAGGGGUUGGUGGGGCAGUGUUGUCAUCACUUGGGAGCCUAGUGAGAAGGAAUCUAUACAAUUUGGGGUUGAGUAAAUCCUUUUCUUGAAGCCGUAAACUCCAGGGCAACAAUAUUUGGAGAUAUUUGUUCAGUGCUCUUUGGAUGGCAAUUGGCAUAUUCUUUGCUUCAGGUUUUGGCUUUGGCCUUUGUGUACAUAUGAAAAAGUUGGAAUUUGAUGAUAGUUGUUGUGAACUUGUGAUAGUUGGGUUUCGGUUAGUUGAAUAGACAGAACCACAUGGAGAAGAUUGGGGCAGCUCCAUCAAAAUUUUUUAAUCACCCACCAAUGCCUGGUUUGGAGGAAGAAUUUGAAUGACGGUGGAAAACAGAAGAAAAGUUAAAACAAUGGUGGGGUCUGUGAAUUUGUGCUAUAGAUUUAUUGCUGGCGGAGAAGAUUAGGUAGAAGAAAAAUAUGGUAUAUUAUACACGACAUCUGUACAUAACUUUUUAAAGUAUUAAUAUUAAUUAUAACGGUUGACUGGGUUUUUUUAUAUUUUUACUGGCUACUUUUUUCUGCUUGGCUCCAUUUGUUUGAAGGAAGAAUCAUAUGGGCCUAACCUUCUAGAUUAAAAAGAAUCCUUUGCCAAAGGUAAUCGAUCAAGAUGUUCUUGUCUAAUCAGCAGAUUUUUAAGCAAGUUGGAACCAAUCAAGGGGGAAAAAAAAAGAAAAAAUGAUGUAAUUCAACAGUGUUUUGCUGAUCUUUGAA